ACUCUCUCAUCAAAAACUUCUCACAUCAUUUUCUCUCCUCAUCACUAGCUCUCACUCUCAUCAAAGAAAAAGAAAAAAGAAAAGAAAGAAAGAGUAAAGCUAGAAGAAUGGCGGUAAAGAGAUCUUCAAAACUAACACAAACAGCAAUGCUAAAGCAAAUCCUCAAGAGAUGCUCGAGCUUAGGCAAGAAACAAUGCUAUGACGAGGAAGGACUCCCUCUUGACGUACCAAAGGGACAUUUUCCGGUUUACGUAGGCGAAAAGCGUACGAGGUACAUAGUACCAAUCUCCUUCUUGACUCAUCCCGAAUUUCUGAUCCUUCUUCAACAAGCAGAGGAAGAGUUCGGGUUUCACCACGACAUGGGAGGACUCACUAUCCCUUGUGAAGAAGUUGUUUUCCUCUCUCUAACAUCCAUGAUCAGAUGAGAUAGAAAUAGAGAGAGAGGUUAUAUAUAUUAUGAUGAGGACUAUGAUUCUUUUGCCUUUUUUUGCCUUUGGAUAAAAAUUUAUUAUCCAAAUGGUUUUUUUUCGGACUAAACCUGUAAGAUCCACACAAAAAGAUCACUCUCUACACGGAUCAUGUAAAUCUUGGGUUUUAGUUCGUCAUUUAACGUCCUAAAUGGGGUUUGUAUUCGAUGAAACGGGGUUUUUUUUUUUUCUUUUAUGGGCUGAUCAGUGGUGGCUCGCACUAAUAGAUGAUUAGUGCAAGUUGAAUAUUGGCCAAUAUUUUUUUUUCUUUAGUUCGAGUGUAUGAUCGUUCGAGUUUUUUUAAACUAAGAAAUGUUUGAUCUAUGAAUGAAUCUUUUAUUGGGUUUUACUCACGGAUGUAAGUACGUUUGACAUGUAUGCGACUGAUGUAUAUAUUAAAAUUUCCAUCCUAA